AUGGAUCGAUUCGGAUACAAAAGAAUACUCGAAGAAGUCAUGAAUCCACCUCUGCGAACUCUCGAAGCUGAGCUUCCCGAUGUUAAUUGGACCUUUCAACAAGAUAAUGAUCCCAAACACAAGUCGAGAGUCGUGAGUGAAUGGUUUGAAAAAAAUGGUAUUAUCACUCUCCCGUGGCCGGCACAAAGUCCGGACCUAAAUCUUAUAGAAAACCUGUGGGCAGAAGUCGGAAGGCGUCGGAAGAGAAGUUUUACUAGACCUGAAGAACUUUUAGCUGCAGUACGAACCGCCUGGGAAUCAAUUCCAGUGCAGCGUCUACAGGGACUGGUCGAAUCCAUGCCAAGCCGUUGUAAGGCCGUAAUAGAAGCCAGAGGUCAUGCGACGAAGUUAGAGUGCAAUAGCGUUGUCAUUUGUUACGAUUUCAUGAAGUCGAAUUUCAUUAGGUACUAA